UGUGGUCUUGUGAGGAACUAAACUAUAAUAUAGAUAGAUUGAAAUAUACUUUAUUAAUCCCAAAUGAUGUGGUUACACCAGCAGUGUUGUCAAGCAUUACAGGUGUUUGAAAACAGAGUUACACAUAUGUAAAGAUGCAAUGAGAUGCAUAUGAUAAAAUAAACAUUUGCAGCAAAUAUAUAACAAUUUAGCCUACAUUAGCAGCAAGUAUAUAUACACAUUUACAAUAGAAAGGACAUAUAUCAGACGUAUCUAAAUAAUACACAAUAAAACGAAAAUAUUGAAUACAUUGAAUACUCUAAGCUAAAUAAUAAUAACAAUAUCAGCGAAUAGUUUGACGUUAGUCGCAUCUUUCACAUCAUACGUUAGCUAAACAAAUAGCUAAUCCGCACAAACGUAUAUGUGGCCAACUGUCAUACUUGUUAUAUCUAUUUAACAUCCUUAUUAAACGUCUCAAACAUUUCUUAUGUGAUUUUACCAGAGCUUGUGUUUGUCGCAUGAUUAUGACGUUUGAGGAAGUGCCCCGUUGUAAGAAUCUAGUAAGCUACAGUUAGCUGUUAGCCUAGCCUGCUGGUGUAGCGCGGUUUGCACCAUGCUAUUAUGAUUGUUUUAACGCAGAACAAACACUAAUGUCCGGGAAUACGCGGUUUCGACGAUGAAAGCGACACACUUGUAUUUGUUGUUGCAUGUUUUUUUGUCGACCAGUGUUCUGGUGAGCACAUUUGAGCCGUUCUCAACAGCGCUGGUUGUGGGUAUCGGUGCUACUCUGGGGCGGACCAUCUACAAUUAUUUACAUGAAAGUUGCGAUCCUAAAUGGAUAGCUCUAAAUGCAACAGGUCUCAAGGUUGACCUGGACAGGAAACUGUUCGGACAGCACAUUGCGUCACGCAUCAUCCUCAAAGCUGUGAGUGGAUUCAUGAGCAACGACAACCCAAAGAAGCCCUUGGUGCUCUCACUGCACGGAUGGACCGGCACAGGGAAGAACUUUGUGAGUCAGCUGAUUGCUGACAAUGUUUACAAAGAGGGAAUGGACAGCAGCUUUGUUCAUAUCUUCACGUCUGAACUCCACUUCCCACAUGCGAGUCAACUUGAAACCUACAAGUCUCAGCUGCAGCAGUGGAUCAAAGGAAAUGUCACCAACUGUGCACAAUCCAUGUUCAUCUUCGAUGAGAUGGACAAGAUGCAUCCCGGCUUGAUUGACAGCAUAAAGCCGUAUCUGGAUUACUACGACAAGCUGGAUGGAGUUUCUUAUCGGAAAGCCAUCUUCAUCUUCCUCAGUAAUGCUGGAGGGGAGAGCAUCACGCAGACGGCUUUAGACUUCUGGAAAGCAGGACGAGAUCGAGAAGAGAUCGAGCUGAGAGAUCUGGAAACAUUGCUCUCUCUAGCGGUGUUCAACAACAAGAAAAGUGGCCUGUGGCAUACAAGUUUGAUUGACAAGAACCUGGUGGACUUUUUCGUCCCGUUCCUUCCUCUGGAGUACCGACACGUGGUGCAGUGUGCCAUGGCCGAGAUGAUAGCCAGAGGACAUCAGCCGGACCGGAGCGUGGCCGACCAGGUGGCCCGAGACGUCGUCUACUUCCCCAAAACAGAGAGAGUUUUCUCUGUAAAAGGCUGCAAGACGAUAGAAAGCAAGCUGGACUACUACAUAUGAUGUCAGCAACUCUUAGACGCUGUGCUCGAUCACUAUGUGCACUUUUUAAAAAGACAAAACUCUCAGCCAAAGGACUACAGAGAGGGAGUCAGGCUGAUGGAGGAGGAUUCUCUGUCUGGCCUUGUGGUCAUGUUGAGGAUUUCAGCAGGCCUUCUCAAAUGUUCCAUAUCACUUCCACUGAAUGCUGAGGCCAACGAAGGACUACAGCGCCAACAAAAUACGACUGGAACGCUCUCCUUUUAAGUGAUUUAAGGAGCUUGAUCUCUUCUUCAUGUCUCACCACAGAGACCUAAAGGCGCUGUCGUUUUCCUGAGAGCUUCUUAAUGACUACAGGGUCCUUCUGUCCGUGGCUUUUUUUUUAUGUGUACUGGAAAAACCUGCCUUAAUUCUUUUCAAUUUCACAAUUUAUUUUUAUGUUAGAUCUGUUAUUUUACCCAUGUCCACUGUACUAGUUUGGCCUUGGUCACUAUUCAAAAAAGAAAUGCAUAAUGCACAAGACUGUUUAUAUUUAUCAUAUUAAAUCGAACAUGAUUUCUGUAAUGUGCAGCCCCUUUUAAUAUCUAAUUUAGUUCAUGUGAUUCGUAUGAGUAAUACGCACUGUAGUUAAAUAUUACCAGAUUGACUCCAUGACUGGACUCUGGCUGCAUUUGGACACUGUAUGAACUCGGGAGGAUAGGACACGCAUUUUUACCAACAUUGGAUUUUUUUAAUUCUUAAAAUUGGAUACCGUUUAGAUUCCACAUUUCAAAUGAUAUUGUAUAUCAAAGUUGAUUGUUUAAUUACUUUUGAUUUAAAAUUCAGCUCAGAGGUUUCUUACCAACUCCAAUUCUCUAUUAUAAUUUAUAGUUCUGAAAUCGGAGCAAGUCAUACAUUGUUGUGGAAGAAAAUGUUCAAGUGGUUUCUCAAAAUCUGACUAUUUGAAGAAAAAAAAAAGAUGAAAUGAAAUGUUUUCUAUGUAAUUGCUCACAAUGACAUGCAGGUGAAGGACCUUUUUAUGGACUGUGAAAAGAACAUUGUUUGUUUUAGUGGAUGGAAAGCCAACACUUGCUCAGUUUCUCUGCUGUAAACACACCGGACAAACAAAUCACAAAUAAAACAUGAACUUUU